ACAUGAAAGGCGUCAGGAAAGUGAAGUGGCAGCUCCGCCUUUAGAGCCACGAAGUUUGAGCAGAAAUCGGCACCUCUGGUUCUGUAAGAUUCUCUGUCACAUCAGCGCCAUAUUUCCUGUUUCCUCACUUCCUCUGAGUCAUCACCUGGUUUACUGUAGCCUGGGUGGAUCCAGGGGGCGUUUCAUGGUCUGUGACGGUGAGCAGGAGCUCUGAGGUCGUGGGCUGAAGCAGGAGUCAGAGAAACAGUUUUUACAGGUUUGAUGAUCAAAUACAGCUCAGACAUCGUAACCUGAGAGUGCUCGUGUCUCCAAGACACACACUUCCUGUUAUGUAGUCAUGUGACUCCUGUAAAUGGAGAGGGGAGUAGCACAGAUCCAGGUACCGACAGCAGCUGACGACCAAGACGAGGAAAUCAGGAUCUACUUCUCUCUGAGACGGAGGCACGGCUGGGUUUAUCCCACCAACACGCUGCACAUAGUCUGCUCCUGACCAGAUCAAAGAUGGAGUCUGAACCAGACCGGCCAGCUUUAUCAGCUCCAUCCGCAGAGGAUGAGCUCGGCAGGGUACGGUGCAGCUUUGUUUGGAGGGUUUCAAAAGAAAUCCUCACACAGCUCCUGGAGGCUCUGGUAACGGACCGUGUCCUGAAUGAUCUGGAGAAAGCAUCCAUAGUGGAGGGGAACUCGGUCACAGCAGAUAAGGCUCGUGACUUGAUUGACACAGUAAAGAAAAAAGGAGGCACAGCCUCCAGGAUAAUGAUCAGACAUCUUCAGACCAUAGAUCCGACUCUCUCCUCUGAGCUACAUUUGUCCUUUGAGCCAUCUGCGCAGCCAGAGACUCUUCAGACCUGUCACCUCAAACUCAAGUCAAACCUGAAGCAGAAGUUCCAGUGUGUGUUCGAGGGGAUCGCUAAAGCAGGAAACCCAACCCUUCUGAAUCAGAUCUACACAGAGCUCUACAUCACAGAGGGAGGGACUGCAGAGGUCAAUGAUGAACAUGAGGUCAGACAGAUUGAAACAGCAUCCAGGAAACCAGACAGACCAGAAACAACCAUCAGACAAGAAGACAUCUUUAAACUCCCACCUGGAAGAAAAGCACCAAUCAGAACAGUGCUGACAAUGGGAGUGGCUGGCAUUGGGAAAACAGUCCUAACACAGAAGUUCACUCUGGACUGGGCUGAAGGCAAAGCCAACCAGGAGAAGAUGGAGGUGCUGGAAGAGUUCCUGGGAAAAGACUGGGAACAUAAAACAGAGGUGCUGGCGAACUUUGUGGGGAAAGACUGUAAGGAUUAUCUAUUUGACUCUUCAUCUGAUGAUGAUGAUGACGAUGAAGUUUCAUCCGAGUGUGUGUUUCUCAAGAGAGUCAUGGAGAAAUCCCUCCAAACUCUGAAGUCCAACACCUCCAUACUGAUUCAGCUGGACCUGAGUGGAAACAUCCUGGAUGCUUCAGGACUGAAGCUUCUGUGUGCUGGACUGAAGAGUCCAAACUGUAAACUGGAGGCUCUGAGACUGGCUGAAGCUGAGGAGAAGAUUAAGAUCAUGGCAAAAAGCUUGGAUGAUUUAGAGAACCGCAGCAGGCGUGACAACAUCCGCAUUAUUAAUCUGAAAGAAGGCGCGGAGGGUGAGAGUCCUAUUCAGUUUUUUGAAGCCUGGCUGCCUGCUAUGCUCGGGCUGGGGAACAGCUGCACGGGUAAAGCCCGCAUUAAAUUGACCGUGCACACCGGGGCCUCGGCCCGCGGGGUGCUCACCCCAGGCCGGUGA